AGUCGAGGCACCCAGACCCUGCUCCUCCCUCCACCUCCACCUCCACCUCCCUCUGCGCCACUACGCUGAAGCAGCUGCGCACUCUGCCUGUUCCAUCGACCGUUCACAUCGCACAGACGCUGCUUCUCUCUCCCAGCCCCACCUCCUCAUCACUGCUCCAGUGCUUCAGCUGCUCAGAUUCACAGAGCAACAGCAGAGAGAGUGGCAGGGCUCGGGCGUCAGUGAAGUCAGCCUCAGCGCUGGAGAGAGGGAGAGAAACAGGUGGGACUUCAUUACUUGCCGUAACUAGUCAAGCAGCUCCGAGGUCCGAGCUCUGAACUGAACCCGUCGGUUUGGGCACCUCCGCUGAAUCUUUCUCCCCCAAAAGCCGGCUGAUUCCAGCCGAUCGAAGAGCCCUUCUCGCCAAAAGACAUCUGUUGUUGUUGUUGUUGUUGUGGUUCGUUGUUGUCGUUUUUCUUUUUAGUGGGCUGGUUCUCACACUAGAAAAGGCUUUGAUUCCUCCGGGCGUCAUGGCGCCGCCCCGGCGCCGCACGGCGGCGGAGUUCCAAGGGAACGGCGGCCUAAUGCCGCCGUCGGUGCAAGUGUUCGCUUCUCCCUGCGGCAGCGGCGGCGGUGGCGCGGUGACCACGAACGGCAGCGACAAGUCGCUCCGGGGAAAGAAGCCAAGAGGCGAUACCAGCGUACACUCCGCCACCAAGGACACCGGCCGGAGGCGGCCGGCGGGACGCAUGCCACUUUGGCUGGUCGGCAUCUUUGUCUCUCUCGCAUUCAAUGUCGCCGCGCUCCCGCUCCUACUCCAGCAGUACAUCGUCAACCAGCCGCACCACCACCAUCACGGUGUCAUCUCUCCUGAUCAGCAACAGCACGCCUGCGCCCCGCAGCCGGGCACGAGCGGCGCGACGGCGAGAGCGCCGUCCACCGGGAAACCAGCAGUUACUUCGGAUUCGGUUAUUAACCUCGACCACGGGGACCCGACCAUGUUUGAGGCCUUCUGGCGGGAGACCGGCGACGCGGCGGAGCUCGUCAUCCCGGGCUGGCAAACCAUGUCGUACUUUUCAGACAUCAGCAACGUCUGCUGGUUCAUGGAGCCUCUGUUCGACCAGCAGGUGCGCCGGCUCCACCGCACCGUCGGCAACGCCGCCGUGGACGGCUACCACGUCCUCGUCGGCACCGGCUCCACGCAGCUCUUCAUGGCGGCGCUCUACGCCCUCUCGCCCGCCGAUGCCGACCAGCCCAUGAGCGUAGUCUCCACGGCGCCCUACUAUUCGUCGUAUCCUGCCGUGACGGACUUCCUCCGGUCCUCGCUGUUCCGGUGGGCCGGCGACGCCAACUCGUUCGUCGGCGACGCCUACAUCGAGCUGGUGUGCUCUCCGAACAACCCGGACGGCGCCAUCCGCGACGCCGUGCUGAGCUCCGGCGCCGGGAAGGCGGUCCACGACCUUGCCUACUACUGGCCGCAGUACACGCCCAUCACCCGACGGGCCGACCACGACAUUAUGCUCUUCACGGUGUCCAAGAGCACCGGCCACGCCGGCACGAGGAUCGGGUGGGCGCUGGUGAAGGACCGGGAGGUGGCGCGGAGGAUGACCAAGUUCGUGGAGCUCAACACCAUCGGCGUGUCCAAGGACUCGCAGCUGCGCGCCGCCAAGGUGCUCAGGGCGGUCUCCGACGGCUACGCCGCCGCCGCCGGCGGCGCCACGCGCCACCGGCUGUUCGACUUCGGGCGGCGCAAGAUGGUGGAGCGCUGGAGGAUGCUGCGGCAGGCCGCCGCCGCCUCCGGCAUCUUCAGCCUGCCCGAGGAGACCUCCGGCCGCUGCAACUUCGCCAACGAGACGGCCGCCAAUAACCCUGCCUUCGCGUGGCUGCGGUGCGACAGGGAGGACGUGGAGGACUGCGCGGGGUUCCUGCGCGGGCACAAGAUCCUGACGAGGAGCGGGAACCAGUUCGGGGCGGACCCCAGGUACGUCCGGGUCAGCAUGCUCGACAGGGACGACGCGUACGACAUCUUCAUCAGCCGCCUCGCCUCUCUCAAAUGACAAGGCCGUGCACGAUUCACACGCGGAAAGUAAAUCCAGCCGGCUGGACAUGCAUAUGACCGAGAAGCAACUCUAGCAUCGUCCGUGGAUCGGUUUAGAAUGACAAAUGGAGACCGCCGCCGGCGACGUCUGCGACGGUGGCACGCCUUGGCAUCCCUCGACAUGCCGGUCCUGGGGCUGAGCAUCAGUAGUAGUAGAAUAGUCCGGGUAGGAAGAAGAGGACAAAUGAUUUGCUUUGGUUUUCGAUCCGUGUUCUGUUUUUUCUUUUAACUGAUCCGUGCUCUGUUUUCUUUUUUCUUUUUAACAGAUCCGUGCUCUGUUGUUGAGCGUUGGUCUCGUUGUUUCAAUUUCAGUUUUUAUUUAUUCCGAGUUAAAAUAUGUAUUUUUUUGAACUCAAUAAGAGCAACUCUAGCACCUCU